AUGUCCAGCAAAAAUUCGCCAAAUAAAAUAGACUAUGAUGAUCCUGCAUUUCGCAUAAGUCCUGUUCAACAGGCAGCAGCAUCUUGCACUGGAGCUGUGAUUACCUCAUUUUUCGUCACGCCUCUGGAUGUGGUGAAGAUCAGGCUGCAAGCACAGCAAGCAUCAGCUAAAACCCAAACAAAAUGUUUUCUCUACUGCAAUGGCCUCAUGGACCAUUUCUGCAGUUGUUGUCCUGAUGAUCCUAACAGCAGAUGGCUACAAAGACCGGGACAUUUCAAUGGCACAAUUGAUGCUUUUCUCAAAAUUAGCAGAACAGAGGGGGUUUCUUCCUUAUGGAGUGGUUUGAGCCCCACCCUUGUUCUAGCCAUUCCUGCCACUAUAGUAUACUUUGUCAUCUAUGAACAAUUACGCUUGAAGUUGAAAGAUGUUUACAACAAAAAUACAGAUGGUAAUAGAAGGAAACAGCCUUUUUGGAUACCUCUAGUGUCAGGUGCAACUGCUAGAGUAUUCUCAGCAUCAAUAGUAAGCCCUUUAGAACUGAUAAGGACCAAAAUGCAGGCUCAAAGACAAAGCUACCUAGAAAUUGGAGAGGCAUUGAAGUUACUUGUGAAGCAAGAUGGAGUUAGAGGACUGUGGAAAGGAAUAUUCCCAACUUUGUACCGUGAUGUACCAUUCUCAGCCAUAUACUGGAUGAACUAUGAAACCAUGAAGACAUUUUUGGGUGGCCCUGAUAGCCCCCCAAGUUUUUGGAUCAGUUUCAUCUCUGGAGCUUCUUCUGGAACUCUUGCAGCUACUUUCACAACACCUUUUGAUGUAGUUAAAACCCAUCAACAAAUUGAAUUUGGUGAAAGCACCCUGUAUGGUGACAAACCUCAUAAGAGUAGGACAACUGUGGAAGUGAUCAGGCAAAUUCACAGAGAACAUGGCAUCCGUGGGCUCUUUGCUGGAGUGACACCCAGAGUCAUAAAAGUGGCCCCAGCUUGUGCUAUAAUGAUAUCUUCGUUUGAGUAUGGGAAAGUUUUCUUCAACAGAUGUCCUCAAGAGAAAGCAGGAAAAACAGAAUAUAAACGAAGUUACUGUUUUGAUAGUCUUCUAGCUUUUACACCUGUAUGA